UACCAGAAACAACAAGGGACUGGUGGUGGGAUUGAGUGUAGGCCUACCUGUUUUAGUGCUUGUAUUGGCCUUGGCUAGCUUUGUCUUUUGGAGGAAAAGAAGACAAAAUAAGGAAGCUGAUGAAUUUGCUGUUGAAUUGUCCAUGGAUAAUGAUUUUGAGGCAGGUACUGGGCCAAAGAAGUUUUCGUAUAAUGAAUUGUUCUUGUCAACGGAUAGCUUUUCAGAGGAACAUAAGCUUGGGGAGGGAGGAUUUGGAGGUGUUUACCGAGGUUUCUUGAGGGAACCGAACUCCUAUGUUGCUGUGAAGAGGAUAUCAAAGGGGUCAAAGCAGGGAAUAAAGGAAUAUGCAUCGGAAGUGAAGAUCAUUAGCCGGUUGAGGCAUAGAAAUCUGGUGCAACUCGUUGGUUGGUGCCAUGAGAAAAAACAACUGCUGCUUGUUUACGAGUUCAUGGAAAAUGGCAGCUUGGAUUCCCAUCUCUUCAAACAGAAAACCUUGUUGACAUGGCCAAUAAGGUAUAAAAUUGCUCAAGGCUUGGCCUCGGGAUUGCUCUACUUGCACGAAGAAUGGGAACAGUGCGUGGUGCACAGGGAUGUGAAAUCAAGCAAUGUUAUGUUAGAUUCCAAGUUCAAUGCAAAACUUGGUGAUUUUGGAUUAGCUAGGCUUGUUGACCAUGAUAAAGGGUCACAAACCACAGUUUUGGCAGGAACGCUGGGCUAUAUGGCCCCAGAAUGUGUAGUUACAGGCAAAGCUUGCAAGGAAUCGGAUGUCUAUAGCUUCGGAAUUGUAGCUUUGGAGAUAGCUUGUGGAAGAAAAUCCAUCGACCAUACGGUCCCAGAAAACCAAGUGAGACUGGUUGAGUGGGUCUGGAACCUCUAUGGUAGAGGACAACUCCUUGAUGCAGUGGAUCCAAAGAUUGGCAUGGAUUUUGAUCAGCAAGAAAUGGAGACGUUAAUGAUAGUUGGGUUGUGGUGUGCCCACCCUGAUCACAAUUGUCGGCCAUCUAUUAGGCAAGCCAUUCAGGUGCUUAAUUUUGAAGCUCCCUUGCCCAUCCUUCCGGCUACAAUGCCAGUGGCAACAUAUUAUUCUUCUCCGUUAAAUCCCGGUUUGGUUUCUUUUUCCUCUGGCGCCAAUGUAUCUCAGAACAGCCAAAUCCAGUAUCCAAGCUCUAGUUACACAACUGAUUCUUCAAAGAAUCGCGGUUUGCAGUCUGCUUGCAGCCCCUUAUUGUGCAACUGCGCUCAGAUUCAAUCUCACUAGUAAUAUUAGCAGCAGCAGCAGCAUUGGGCCUCAGCUUGUCAUCAUUUCAAAUGUAAUUGAACUCUACGGAGAUGCUAACAUCUCAGACCAAGGCAUCAUCCAAGUCACCCCAGACGAGCAGGGCAUAUACCGUGAACAGAGAGCCGGCCGAGCCGUUCACGUCGACUCUCUUCAUCUUUGGGACAAGCCUUCUGGGAAUUUGGCAGAUUUCAGCACCAAUUUCUUAUUUGUGAUUGACUCAAACGGGAGCUCCAGAUACGGAGAUGGGCUGGCGUUCUUUCUUGCACCUAUAAAUGAUGUUCCCAAUAAUAUCAAUCCGGGUGGAGCCAUUGGCCUUCCUAUGAAUCAAAUCAGCAACCACUCGUGGAAACCAAUCACCUCAUUUGUUGCUGUGGAGUUCGAUACCUAUCUCAAUGGAAUAGAUCCACUGACAUCAUCCAGAACCCAUGUGGGCAUCGACAUC